AUGACAAACGAACAAGAUUUUAAUGACAUUUAAGUUGAUAUAUAGCCAUAAAAGGUUUAAGGAUCCUUUGAAAUAAAAAUCAAGCACACAUUCUAACGAGUAGCUUUCCAGCUUGAAGCUAAUUAACAUCUCUAAGCAAAUAUGACAUCUGUCUUAUCUGAGCUCUCUCAACCAGACUAAUGUGAAUAUUCAAAAGAUGUAAAAAAUAAUUGGUAUUAAAUUUGGAGUCUUAUAGGAGAAUAAGUAUCCACAAAAGUAUUUGCUGGAGCAGAAUAAAUCAUCUAUAUCACCCUAUACAUACAGGAAGAGUAUACAACUGAAUAGGUUAUAAAUAAUUAUACUUAACUCAUAAGCAAAAAUAAGAUACAAGCUAUUGGGAAUUAUUUUAACAAUAUAGAGAGAUAUAAUUAUGCAGUUUAUUCAACCGGAGGAGUUAAUUACUAUCAAUGGACUAAUUUUUCAGAUUAUUUAGCUAAAUUAAACCCUUCAAAUUAUAUUUAAAUAAUUCCAAAAGAUUCUUAAAAAUUUCAAGAAAGCUAUGUGGACUCUUACAAAUUAUUUGAGCAAGAAUAACAAAAAGUUUACAACUGCAGCAAUUAAUCAUGGAAUUUUAGGUUUAGAAAAACAAAUAUUUAAUGA